UUCCGUGUGAGAGACAGAGGUCUGACACAGUGCGGUGCAGCAGGUCGGGGCUGCUCCCCUGGACCUGCUGGAUCCUCAUCCAGGAAGUUGUCUCUGGGAAUAGCUGAGUUGUUUCCCUGGCGGCGGACACCGUCAACUCCCUGUAGACGAAGUUCAUUUUUUAGCUUUUCGUCACUUUAUCCAACACAUAGGGUUUGUCAUCUCGGAAGAGGGGACGAUGGAGGUCGACUCAGUCUUCUUCACUGAUCGGAGCGGAAGAGUCACCAGUAACCCCCUGUUGGACCAGCUCCCCAGCUACCAGUCGCUGUUGUACCGCAGGAAGUCAUCGGCCGCUGGCACCAAGCGAAGAAACAGCUCUAGAACGCGACUCGGCUCCUCCGGCAGUGGGAAAUGGGCUGUGAGCACAGUCAGCCGGCAGGACGAGAAACAGAAGACUCAGGCGGAGCAGAGACCCAUCCGGGAACUAGCCAGGCCCAUGGCUGAGAAACGCAUAUGCAACACACAGCGCUUGGCAGAGGCUCAAGGGCUCAGCAGCUGGAGCCAGUUGAGGCAAAGCACCCGCAGGCUUCUGAGGAGGCUGAGGGAGGACGGCCAAGAGUGGGUGAGCUCCCUGAAGCUGUGGAGGGGAGACAUCCAUCUGAUAGAGGGGAUGUUCGGCACCGGGAUCCUGUCCUACUUCUCCUUCCUGCGCUUCCUGGUCAUGCUCAACUUUAUCAUCUUCCUGCUCAUGUUCAGCUUCGUCAUGUUACCCAUCAUUGUUGCUCACCACACUUCAGGGAACAUCACCUACAACCCGCAUGAUGGAAGUGUGUGCAGUGUGUAUCCAAGCAGUGCCCGUCGAGGUCUGGUCAUCUUUCACGAGCACAUUACAGAUCUGCUGUCUGGUGGAGGCUUUCUGGAACAGACAUACCUCUUCUAUGGUUACUACAAGGUGGACAAAAUACACUUUCCAAAGAUGACCUACAAUUUGCCGCUGGCCUACCUGCUGGCCACUAUAGGCUACCUGUUCCUCAGUCUCAUCUGGAUUGUAAAAAGGUCUGCCACAGGGUUCAAACGAAACCUGGUCCAGGAUGAGGAUCGUUUUCAGAGCUUUUGCAACAAGAUUUUUGCCGGCUGGGACUUCUGCAUCACCAACGAGAACGCUGCGAAGCUGAAGAGAAGCAGUUUGCUCUACGAGCUCAGGACGGAUUUGGAGGAGGAGAGGAUCAAACAGAAAAUAGCAGAUCGCACCCGCAAAGAGAAGUGUCGGAUUUACGUCAUCCGCCUCGUCCUCAACCUGUUUGUCAUCGGCGUUCUGGCUAGUUGCUUCUACAGCAUUUAUAUCGCCACCGUCUUCUCCCAGAAAGCCCAGCUGAAUAAUAUAAAGGUGAAUUUUAUCAUGGAUCUCAUCUACGAGUAUCUACCCUCAAUUGUUAUUACCAUGGCCAACUUCAUUACCCCCCUCCUCUUCUCCAUCAUCAUCAAUUAUGAGGACUACUCGCCCGCCUUUGAGAUCCGCUUCACGCUCAUAAGGUGUGUCUUCAUGCGGUUGACCAGUAUCGGGGUUUUGCUCCUCUCUCUCUGGUCUCAGAUCACUAAAUGUAAAGAGGAGCCCUGCGUCUGUGGCUAUAACCAUUUGCUUUACUCUUGCUGGGAGACCCGUGUGGGCCAGGAGAUGUACAAACUCACCAUCUUUGACUUCAUCAUCAUUCUCGCAGUCACCAUCUUUGUGGAGUUUCCCAGAAAGCUGAUAGUGAUGCACUGUGACUGUGGCCUGGCUAAGUGGUGGGGCCAGCAGGAGUUUGGUAUUCCUCAGAAUGUGCUGGAGAUCGUCUACGGUCAGACCAUCUGCUGGAUCGGCACGUUCUACAGCCCGUUGCUGCCUGCCAUCUGCACCAUUAAAUACUUCUUUAUCUUCUAUGUCAAGAAGGUCUCACUGGUAAACAACUGCCGUCCCGCCACGCGUCCGUUCCGAGCCUCCAGCUCCAACUUCUUCUUCCUGGGUGUGCUGCUGAUAGGCCUGGCGCUGGCCUGUCUGCCAGUCACUGUUAGCGUAGCACAAAUAAACUGCUCCCAGGCCUGUGGACCAUUUGUUAAUUACAACACCUCCUGGGAGGUGGUGCCAGCUUCAGUAUCCAAGCUACCAAGCGGAGUCCAAACACUGCUGUAUGGCCUCUCAUCGGAGGCCUUCGCUGUCUCCUUCUUUGUUGUCACAUGUUUGGCCAUGUUUUAUGUGAUCGCACUUGCUGGAGCUCACAAAAGAGUUAUUAACCAGCUAAGGGAGCAGCUGGUCAUGGAGGGCCGUGACAAGCGUUUUCUGAUCCAAAAGCUGUGCCAGGCCCAGAAGUACUCAGCAAUCAAAUCCCCAGGGUCCAGAUCGCAGCCCCGCAGCAGCAGCAGAAGCAGCCCCAGCUACCACACCAGCUUCGCCAACAACUUCACCGAAAGCAUGUUCCUGGCACACCCGACUCCUGACUCGUCCACACAUCAGCUCAGCUGCUACGGAACCGGAGGCAGCGUGCUGUUGCUCGGCUCAGCGACAGAUAGUCAGUCAGUCAAAAUGUUGAGAAUAACGAUCCGGGCAGACGUGGGAGCCCUUUGGGUUUUGUUCUGUAUCACAUAUUCUCAGUUCUUGACCGUCUCUUCUGAUGACAUAGUGGUGGCGUGCGGGGGAUUCGUGAAAUCCGACGUGGAGAUCAACUACUCUCUGAUCGAGAUUAAACUGUACACCAAACAAGGAUCCUUGAAAUACCAAACGGAUUGUGCUCCAAUCAAUGGCUACUUCAUGAUCCCUCUCUAUGACAAGGGAGACUUUGUUUUGAAGAUUGAGCCUCCUCUCGGGUGGAGCUUUGAGCCGACCAGUGUCGACCUCCAUGUGGAUGGAGUGAGUGACAUCUGUACGAAAGAAGAAGACAUCAACUUUGUCUUCACAGGCUUCUCAGUCUCGGGAACGGUUCUGAGUAAAGGCCAUCUCUUGGGUCCGGCUGGAGUAGAAGUCAAACUCAGCCGAGUGGGAACAGAGGAGAAACUCCAGAGUGUUGCCACACAGCCUGGAGGAAAGUAUACCUUUUUAAAAGUACUACCUGGAAACUAUGACAUCACAGCUUCCCAUCCGUCCUGGACUCUGGAGCAGAGCACCACCUCAGUGCACGUCUCCAAUGCCAACGCACCGGCCGCUGACCAUCUGGUCGUUGGAGGCUACGACGUCUCGGGGGAGGUCCGCAGUGAUGGAGAGCCCAUGAAAGAGGUCACCUUCCUGCUGUACUCUGCCACAGUCAAGAGAGAGGACGUGGGUGGCUGUAACAUGUCCCCAGUGGAGGGAGCAGAUUCUGGAGACAGCUCCCUGAUCUACAUGUGCAGCGCUCUGUCCAGAGAGGACGGGACCUUCGUCUUCCCCUCACUGGCCAGUGGCGAGUACACUGUGGUUCCUUUCUACAGAGGAGAAAGGAUCACAUUUGACGUCGCUCCCUCUAGGAUGAAUUUCAAGGUGGAACACAACAGUUUGAAACUAGAGCCCAUCUUCCGGGUCAUGGGCUUCUCUGUGACGGGUAGAGUCCUCAACAGUCUCGGUGGGGAGGGCGUCCCCGAUGCCACAGUGUCCCUCAACAACCAGAUCAAAGUCCUCAGCAAGGAGGACGGUUCUUUCCGGUUGGAGAACAUGACGGCCGGCACCUACACCAUCCGCGUCAACAAGGAGCUCAUGUUCUUCGAGCCAAUCACAGUGAAGAUCGCUCCCAACACACCCCAACUCCCUGACAUCAUCACAGCCGGGUUCAGCGUGUGUGGCCAGAUCUCCAUCAGCCACCUGCCAGAGGGCAUGAAGCAGCAGGGCCGCUACAAGGUCACUCUGUCACACCAGGACCAAGACAAGACCCCCAGCAAGACCAUCGACUCCGAUCCUCAGGGGGCCUUCUGCUUUCAGGCCAAACCUGGUGACUACAGUGUUCACGUGUCUCUCCCUGAGGCGGAGGUGAAAGCCGGCCUGGCUCUGCAGCCUCAGGCCCUGGAGGUCUCCCUAGUGGACCGGCCCCUCACAGACUUGCUCUUCACCCAAUUCAUGGCUUCUGUCUCCGGGAAAGUCUACUGCUUGGCGUCCUGCGAUGACCUGUCGGUCACCCUGCAGCCAGUGAGUCGUCAGGGGGAGAGGAGGGCGGUGGCUCUGUCUGGCAGCAGUGACACGCUCAGCUUCUCCUUCGAAAAUGUUUUACCUGGAAAAUACAAAGUGAGUAUUUCUCACGAGGAGUGGUGCUGGAAGCAUAAGUCCGUGGAAGUGGAGGUUCUGGACUCGGACGUCUUGGGGGUGGAGUUCAGACAGAUUGGCUACAUCCUCCGCUGCUCCCUCUCACACGCAAUUACCUUGGAGUUCUUCCAAGAUGGCAGCAAACCUGAGAACGUCGGCGUGUACAACCUCUCCAAGGGAGUGAACCGCUUCUGCCUCUCCAAGCCAGGUGUUUACAAAGUCACCCCUCGCUCCUGCCACCAGUUUGAGCAGGAAUUCUACACCUACGACACCUCGGCCCCCAGCAUCCUCACCCUCACUGCAGUGCGGCAUCACAUGACCGGGCUCAUCACCACCGACAAGAUCCUGGACGUCACCGUUACCAUCAAAUCAUCCAUCGAGAGCGAGCCGGCUCUGGUGCUGGGCCCCCUGCGGAGCCUGGAGGAGCAGAGGCAGGAGCAGCAGCUGCAGGAGAUUCUGCUGCGCCGUCAGGAACGAGAGCGCCGCGCCGCUGAAGAGGACGGAGGAGCCCGGGAUGAUAGCCCUCCUAUCCAAGAGAGGGCUGACGAGCUGACAGGACCCUUCCACUACGAGUUCUCCUACUGGGCCAGGGCCGGAGAGAAGAUCACAGUGACGCCCUCCUCUAAGGAACUGCUGUUCUACCCUCCAGAGGUAGAAGCCACGAUCACUGGAGAGUCGUGUCCAGGUCGGCUGGUGGACAUCGCAGGGCGUGCAGGUCUCUUCCUGGAGGGCAAGGUGUCACCAGAGCUCCAGGGUGUGGAGAUCUCCAUCACGGAAAGAGGAGCUGCUGCACCGCUCAUCAGUGUGGCCACUAACGAGAUGGGAGCAUACAGUGUGGGUCCUCUCCACAGCGACCGGCAGUAUGACAUCAGCGCCAGUAAAGAAGGUUUCGUCCUGAGUCCGGUGGAGGGAACCCAGGGAGACUUCAAAGCGUUCGCUCUGGCUGGUGUCACCUUCAAGAUCAAAUCAGAGGAUGGUCACCCCCUGUCAGGUGUGCUCCUGUCUCUUAGCGGAGGACAGUUUCGCUCCAAUCUGCUGACCCAGGACACCGGCCUGCUCACCUUCAACAACCUGAGUCCCGGUCAGUACUACUUCAAGCCGAUGAUGAAGGAGUUCCGCUUCGAGCCAGCGUCUCAGAUGAUCACAGUGGAGGAGGGUCAAAACCUCAGCAUUGAUAUAACCGGCAUCAAGACUGCUUACAGCUGCUAUGGAGCAGUGCAAUCUCUGAGUGGGGACGCAGAGAGGGACGUGGCCGUGGAGGCGGUGGGACAGGGAGAGUGUAGCAUCUACAGCGAGGACACCGUCACCGACGAGGAAGGUCGCUUCAGACUCAGGGGUCUGCUGCCUGGUUGCAAAUAUCUCAUUCAGCUGCGAGCUGAAGGCAACGACCACAUCGAGAGGGCCUUACCACAACACAGAGCUGUAGAGGUGGGCAGCAAUGAUAUCGACGGGGUCAACAUCAUCGCCUUCAGGCAAAUUAAUCAGUUUGACCUCAGUGGAAACGUCCACACGUCUCCUGAACAUCUCCCCACGCUUUCGGUGAAGCUUUACAAGAGUGACAAUCUGGACAACCCAAUCAACAGUGUCUCUCUGGGACAGUCGCUCUUCUUCCACUUCCCUCCUCUGGACAGAGAUGGAGAGAGCUACGUGCUGAUGCUGUACUCCACGUUGUCGCGGUCGCAGUAUGACUUCACUCUGCCUCAGGUCACCUUCACCUCCAGUGGCUACCACAAGCACAUCACACUCACCUUCAACCCCACUCGUAAAGUGCCUGACCAGGAUGUUGCCCAGGGCUCCUAUAUAGCUCUGCCCCUCACUCUGCUGCUCCUUUUAGCUGCGUACAACCACGAGAAGGUAAUCCCCCUCCUGUUACAGCUGGUGAAUCGUAUCCAGGGAGUGAGGAGCAUGGCCCAGGCCAGCGGGGACAGCGCCGCUCUUGAUGAGGCCAAACGUCAGGCCAAGAGACAGAAGGCCAGGCGUACAUGAGGACGCAACCACGGCUCACUUCAGACCACAUCAGUGUAUGACAAAUACUACACCUGCACCCCUGGUUACAGCCUCAGAAUAGAGUAUCAGAUAAACCUCCUAACAUUUGGAGCGGCUGUUAAUCGUUGGUACUUGUGAACUAUUUAGCUCGCUAAGAUGUGAUUUGGCCCAGAGUGAAGCGCAACACGAAUCGCUCGGCGCCCGUUACCACCACCACCACCUCAUCAUCAGCCAUUCAGACUCACUGGACUGAUAGCUGAUAUUUUACAGGUUGUUUUUCUUCUGUUAUUUUUUGUUUCUUUUUCCAGAACACACUAUGUCUAAGAAAAUUGUUAAUAUUUGUGAUAGAAUAUGAGCCAUUUUUAUACCUUUGUAAUUUAUCUAGGUCAACUCAAAUCUUUUGUGUGUGUGUUUUGAAAGCACUUGAAUGCGUUUGAUCAGUCCGGACGUAGUUUAGGACCAUCAGGCACCGCGGAUUAAUCAUGUGUCACACCUACUAGCAUUGGUGUCAAUUCAGAUAAUACACAAAGGGGAUAAACACACAAAAAAUUGUCAAAUAGACUGAAAUUCAAUAAGACCUAUUCAUAACUAACAAUUUCAAAUUAACGACUUGACUUCAGGAUGUCAAGUUUUAUAUCUACUUAGAGAUCAGACAAGAGUCACAAGGAUUCGAGCUUGUGAAAUGAUCAUCAGAACUUGUAAACCUGUCAGGAAAUAAGUUUGUGAGUAUGUAGUGGAGACCUGUGGUUGUAGAGAAUUUUGAGAAUGUCUAAAUGAUAUUUGUUUUCACCACAGCGUUUACACAGUGUCUCUAAGAAAAAUGAUAUCCCAAGCAAAGAUUCAAAGCACAAAUCUGUGUGAAACUCAAAUCUUUACACACUAAACUGUCUUCUGUUCUGAAUGUGAACCCGAGCGUUCACAAAAGCUAACCUGGACUACAAAUCUUUUCUUAACAUCCACAUAACAAUUUAACAGGUCUACGAACGAAAAAUGAACUUUGAACUUUUGUAAAACUUCAUUUCACAAGCUCCAAAUCUUUUUGGCCCUUAUUUGACCCCAUAGGUUUGAUAUUAAAGCUGCACUAUGUAGUAAGACAUUUGUAAAUUAGACAAUAAUGAAGAAAGGUGGCAGGGUCCGCCAAAUGUAAACAAAGUAUAACGGGAUGAAAUUGUGUCGUCUUUUAAGGUCAGUUUGUUUAUUCCGUCAUGAAAACAAAGAGAGUUUGUGUAUCUAGUUGGUUUAAGCAUGACAACCAGUCAACGAAGAUUUUUCUCUUCUGAUGGAAACAUCUUCCAAAAAACUACAUAGUGCACCUUUUAAACUGACUCGGGUCCCCAAACUGAAUUGAGUCCCAUAACACCGUCAUAAACGGGGGUUUAAUUCUGUAACCACUAGCUGUGAUUGAGGGACAGCCAAAGACAAGCUCAUAAAAGCUUUGUACAAUUGUCAGCCAUGUCACUUAAAAUGCAGAACACCCACACAUUACUGUAAUGCACUCCACUUCUGAUGGUGUUUUAUAAACUGUUAAGUGUGAUGCUAGAUUGACUGUGUGUCAGGUUCUCCAUCAGCUCAGGAAAGUGGUGGUUAAUAGGAUGCCAGAAAUGUGGGUUUAAAUGCUGUGUGAAGAGAUUUGUUUUUUGGGCUGGGGGAGCUAUGGGGGGGGGUAACUGAUAGUUGAUUAAUUUAUUAACAUAUUGCUAAUCAGAUGUGAAUGAUAACCUUCUUUGUAUUCUGGGAAAUGUCUUUCAGAUGCGUGCUUGUUGUUUGGACGGUGUUCUGUCAGAUGAAGCGGGCGACAAGCUUUUUUUUUUUUUUCUAUUUUAUAAAAGACAUUAAAUUUUAAGAA